AUGGGCGUCCUACAAUUCUUGAAGUCCCGUUCGGGGUUCCGGGUCGACAAUAGCAAAACCACUUCUGCAGCUACGCUUACUUUACGCCAGAGCAUAUGGCCCUUGACCCUCGUUACUAUUCUCUUCUUCCUAUGGGGAUUUGCCUACGGGUUGCUGGAUACUCUCAAUAAACAUUUUCAAGAGACACUACAUAUUACUCGGGUCCGGUCAUCUGGACUCCAGGCUGCUUAUUUCGGUGCCUACCCGCUUGCUUCGCUGGGCUACGCGAACUACCUUCUUCGGCACUUCGGUUACAAGACAGUGUUCAUCUUUGGCCUAGUACUUUAUGGCAUUGGAGCUCUUUGCAUGUGGCCCGCCGGGUUGAAUCAGUCGUUUGGAGGGUUUUGCGCCGCGACGUUCGUCAUCGGCUCGGGAUUGGGGUCGCUCGAGUCUGCGGCCAAUCCCUUCAUCACCGUCUGCGGACCGCCCAAGUACUCCGAGAUCCGAAUCAACCUUGCUCAGGCGUUCAACGGCAUCGGCACAUGCGUGGCCCCAGCACUGGCCUCCUACGUCUUCUUUACUUCUACCGAAGAUGACGUGAAUGCCCUCAAGCGUGUUCAAUGGGUGUACCUCGCCAUCGGGAUCUUCGUCUUUGUUCUCGCUGCCGUAUUCUUCGUCUCGGAAAUCCCCGAAGUCACCGAUGAAGAUAUGGCCUUCCAGGUCUCCGAGACGCAUGUGAACGAGCAGGAAAAGUCAUUCUGGAAGCAAUAUAAGCUGUUCCAUGCGACCCUGGCUCAAUUCACCUACACGGGUGCUCAAGUUGCCAUCGCCGGGUAUUUCAUUAACUACGUCACGGAAACCUGGCCUGGCACCUCGAGCUCUACGGGCUCGAAAUAUCUCGCCGGGGCCCAAGGGGCCUUCGCUGUCGGCCGUUUUAUCGGAGCGAUCAUCAUGAAAUAUAUCAAGGCUCGUUGGGUCUUCCUGGUCUAUCUCUCUUGCACAGUCGCAUUCAUCGCGGCGUCUACGACCCAAACGAAACAAAGCGGCUUAGCGAUGCUCUUCCUCACCCUCUUCUUCGAGUCCGUCUGCUUCCCCACCAUCGUUGCCCUCGGCAUUCGCGGUCUUGGUCGCCACUAUAAGCGCGGCUCGGGCUUCAUCGUCGGUGGUGUCUGCGGUGGAGCUGUCGUUCCGCCGGUCCUCGGCCAUGUCGCCGAUAUGCGCAAUAGUACCGGGUUCGCCAUGAUUGUCCCGACCAUGUUCAUGGUUGUUGCGUGGACCUAUGCCGUGGCUGUCAAUUUUGUCCCCACGUACAAGGAAACCGUCGACCAAGUCGGUUCGAGCACCAUCGGAUUAAGAGAGGGAGAUGGUGCUGGUGCCAAGGGGCAAGAUGUCGAAGUGGGAGUCACCGAGGACCCCGAAAAGCCUCGGGAGGUACACAUCGAGAGGUGA